AUGGCGAAUUAAAUCAAUGUUUUGCACUCCUCAUUUCACUUGUUGCUUUUGUUUUAAGAAACAAUAGUCCGUAUGUUUGUUUAUUCGUGAAUUUUUAUAAAAUGGAUCACUGACAAUAUAAUAAGUUUCCCCAAUUCGAUUUUUGCAGCGUAACUAUGCCUCUUCCAAAACAGAAAAAGAAACCACCGGCAAGACCUCCGCCCCCCAACUUUACUAAGCUUAAAAGUGUAUCAAGCAUUAACCUAAAUCACCAAAACCAAACUGUAAACCUUACCGAAUGGAGUCCACCAAAUUCUCCUAAACCAGAUCGAGUAAACACAUUCGGGGGUAGUAUUUCAAGUUCAUUCAGUAGCAGUACAAGUAGCCUAGCUUCUAGUAAAAAAUCAUUUGAAUUUGAUUCUCCUACAAACAGUUUAUGGCCUUUAUCAGCACAACCACAGAGUAGUUUCUAUUCAAAAAGCCAAAGCAAUACUACCAGUUGUACUGGUGCAUCUUUUCAAAGUUACCUGACUCCAGUCACAAACAACCAGUCUAGAGCAAGACCUGAGAAUAACUCCAAUGUACCCUCCUUUUUUGGACCAACAAUUAUCCGUCCGAAACCUAAGCCAAUUAUCAACAAAAGCAAUGAUUUGAGUAAUGGAUCUCCACCUAUGCCAAACCAUCCUCCACCCAGUCCACCAAAAGAAGCUAGUACCAUUGAAACACCAUAUGGGAUAGCCUUGUAUGAUUUUCCAGCAAGCCAUUCAAAUGAUCUUCCUCUGCAGUCUGGGGAUGUGGUGAUCCUUCUAAGUAGAAUUAGUGAAGAUUGGCUGUAUGGACGUGUUAUGGAAAAAGAAGGCAUGUUUCCAGAAAACUUUGUGGAUAUUCAAGUGCCUUUAAAAGAAGAGGAAGAUAUUGUCACAGCUCUGUAUGACUUUCCAGCACAGGUUGCAGAAGAUUUAAGUCUUAAAACUGGUGACAAAGUUAAAGUAAUUAGAAAAAUAUCAGAUGACUGGCUAUUUGGGGAAUGUAAUGGGCAAAAGGGACAAUUUCCCAAGAAUUUUGUUAACAGAAUUCCUAAUGUAUAGUAAACAAUUUUUAUGUUGCUAGAUGUGUAAACCUUUGUAACUAACAGUUGUGUAAAAAGAUAUAUAAAUAAUAAAUUAUUUAACUUAUGAUAAGAAAUCGUAGUGACAAAGAAAGAAAACAAAGUGCCUUAAAUGUAACAAUAUUUUACAUGCAAUGUAACAUAGGGUGUAGAAGAGAUGAAUGCACAUAAUCUGCUCUAGUAGAAAUUAACUAUUUCUUUAACAUUCCAAUAUAAGACAAAGAUCUGGAAAUUAUUAUGACAAAUUCAAUAUAAUUUCAUUACAAUAUCCUAACCAUGGAGUUUAACUGGCUCUAAAGCUUGUUUAAAUAGGACUAAGAGUAUUAUUAAAAAUGUGAUGUAUAGGAAUGCAUUAAUAGAAUGUGAUAAUAUAAGCCUGCAUGGCAUAAAUUGUUAUAUUUUUGUACAAAAUAAAAAAUAUAAGGCA